AUGCCGCCGUGCCACGCGCUAUCUGUGCCCGACGCCUUAGCAGAAAGCACACCCUUGCCACCUACUACUGCUGGCUCUCCUCGCGCUAGUAGUCCGCGCGGUACCAGCUUCGCCGCCACUCCGUACAAGACGCCGUUUCGCCUCCCCGCGUCGUCGAGCAUCGUUCAAGAUGCCGUCACCAUGCACCACGCCGCAGCCGCCACGAAUCCGAAUCAGACCAGCGUUAAUGGCGGGCGACACGAAGAGUCCUCGCAGCAGCACGAGGGCACGGAGCACGAAAGCCCCGCGCGCCAGUUUGUCCGCGACCUUGCGCUUGUCCGCGCGCUCAUCCUCGCGGACGCAUGCACUGUGGCGGAAGCGAGUCGGCGAAUGGCAGCCCGCCACGUGGACGCGUGUCUGCUGACGGACGCCAAAAGCGGCAUGCUGUGCGGUAUACUGACGGACCGUGACGUGGCGGAGCGGUGCGUGGGGGAGGGGCGCUCCCCGCAAUCCACCCCGUGUCACGCGGUCAUGACGCGCGAUCCGCAAUUCGUAUCGCUGCACGCGCCUGCUGCUGUCGCGCUGAAGAAAAUGGUCAACGGAAAGUUUCGGCACCUGCCUGUGGUGGACAGCGGGGAGGUGGUGGCGAUGCUGCCCGUGCGCAGCUGCCUGGCGGAAGCGCUGCUGCGCGCGGAGGAAGUGCGGGGAAAGGGCGCAGAUGUGGCGGAAGCACUGAAAGAGGCGGAGCGGACGGGAGGGGCCGACAGCGCGGCUGCUGCCACUCUACCUCUCGCUCUAGCUCUCGCUCUAGCUCUCGCUCUAGCUCUCGCUCUAGCUCUCGCUCUAGCUCUCGCUCUAGCUCUCGCUCUAGCUCUCGCUCUCGCUCUCGCUCUCGCUCUCGCUCUAGCUCUCGCUCUAGCUCUCGCUCUAGCUCUCGCUCUAGCUCUCGCUCUCGCUCUAGCUCUCGCUCUAGCUCUCGCUCUAGCUCUCGCUCUAGCUCUCGCUCUAGCUCUCGCUCUAGCUCUCGCUCUAGCUCUCGCUCUAGCUCUCGCUCUAGCUCUCGCUCUAGCUCUCGCUCUAGCUCUCGCUCUAGCUCUCGCUCUAGCUCUCGCUCUAGCUCUCGCUCUAGCUCUCGCUCUAGCUCUCGCUCUAGCUCUCGCUCUCGCUCUCGCUCUAGCUCUCGCUCUAGCUCUCGCUCUAGCUCUCGCUCUCGCUCUCGCUCUCGCUCUCGCUCUAGCUCUCGCUCUAGCUCUCGCUCUAGCUCUCGCUCUAGCUCUCGCUCUAGCUCUCGCUCUAGCUCUCGCUCUAGCUCUCGCUCUAGCUCUCGCUCUAGCUCUCGCUCUAGCUCUCGCUCUAGCUCUCGCUCUAGCUCUCGCUCUCGCUCUCGCUCUCGCUCUCGCUCUAGCUCUCGCUCUAGCUCUCGCUCUAGCUCUCGCUCUAGCUCUCGCUCUCGCUCUAGCUCUAGCUCUCGCUCUAGCUCUCGCUCUAGCUCUCGCUCUAGCUCUCGCUCUAGCUCUCGCUCUAGCUCUCGCUCUAGCUCUCGCUCUAGCUCUCGCUCUAGCUCUCGCUCUAGCUCUCGCUCUAGCUCUCGCUCUAGCUCUCGCUCUAGCUCUCGCUCUAGCUCUCGCUCUAGCUCUCGCUCUAGCUCUCGCUCUAGCUCUCGCUCUAGCUCUCGCUCUCGCUCUCGCUCUAGCUCUCGCUCUAGCUCUCGCUCUAGCUCUCGCUCUCGCUCUCGCUCUCGCUCUCGCUCUAGCUCUCGCUCUAGCUCUCGCUCUAGCUCUCGCUCUCGCUCUAGCUCUCGCUCUAGCUCUCGCUCUAGCUCUCGCUCUAGCUCUCGCUCUAGCUCUCGCUCUAGCUCUCGCUCUAGCUCUCGCUCUAGCUCUCGCUCUCGCUCUCGCUCUCGCUCUCGCUCUCGUUCUCGCUCUCGCUCUAGCUCUCGCUCUAGCUCUCGCUCUAGCUCUCGCUCUAGCUCUCGCUCUAGCUCUCGCUCUAGCUCUCGCUCUAGCUCUCGCUCUAGCUCUCGCUCUAGCUCUCGCUCUAGCUCUCGCUCUCUCACCUCACCUUCUCCUCUCCCUUUCAUAUUGCGGUUCAUACACCAACAUGGCUGCUUUCGCACCCAUGCUUUCCUUCUCCCUGGUGCUUCUCUCUCACGACUUAUCUCUGCCAUCCCUCUCGUACCUCACGUCCCGCCCAUCGCCCAACCAUUUCUCGUUCUCCAACGCUACCCCCUGCCUCCCUUUCCCCGCACCGUGCCCCCGUUUCCAACUGAAAGCUCUCUGCCCCUCUGUCUCACGCUGCACUGCGCUAUCCCCCGCCUCACUGCGCUAUCCCCCGCCUCACUGCGCUAUCCCCUGCCUCACUGCGCUAUCCCCCGCCUCACUGCGCUAUCCCCCGCCUCACUGCGCUAUCCCCCGCCUCACUGCGCUAUCCCCCGCCUCACUGCGCUAUCCCCCGCCUCACUGCGCUAUCCCCCGCCUCUCCAUUACCCUGCACUGCCUGCCUGCACUGAGCUACCAUUCGCGCGACAUUCUUCUGCGUGUCAUCGCAGCGGGUUUGGACCCCACCAACGUGCUUGUAGAGCAAGCCAUGACCCACGCCCCCGUGACGGUCCCACUCGGCGCAUGUCUGCUGCAGGCGCUGCGCCACAUGGAUUGGGGGGGCUUCUCACACCUACCCGUCACUGACGCUGACGGCAGCUGUGUGGCAUGUGUGGGAGUGACGCCCAUCCUCUCUGCUCUCCUCACCGGCCAGCACUGCCGCCACCUACAGUUGACAGACAUACUCACCCAUUUCCCUCUCCCCAUAAAUUCCUCUCUUCUCCCUUCUCCCGCUUACCCUCUCCCUCUCCAUUUCCCCUCCACCCAUCUCCGCGCCUCUCCCCCACAGCAGCAGCAGGCGCAGCAGCUGCCUGCCGCCAUGCGGGAGGCAGUGGAGGGGGCAAUGCAGCACGUGUGGGACUCGGCUCUAGAAGGGGCUGAAGGGGAGGACGAAGGAGAGGAGGGGGAGAGUGAGGAGGAGGAGGGAGAGAGUGAGGAGGAGGGAGAGAGUGAGGGGGAGGAUAGUGAAGGGGCGGGGGAGAGGAUUGGGGGAGAGGUGGAGGAGGACGAUAGGGUUGAGGCUACGGCUGGGGGGAACGCAGGGAGGGGUGCUGCUAGAAGGGAGGGGUUGGGGCAAGAGGAGGCCGAGGGAAGUGGAGGACGCAGGAGGCAGAAACCCUCUAAUGUGAAUCGUGCUGCUCUUGAUGAUGCUGGUGGUGAUACUGCUGUUGCUGGUGCUGCUGCUGCCGGUGCUACUGGUGGUGCCACUGCUGCCACUCGUGCUGCUUCCCGCUCUACCUUCGAUGCAUGGAGUGACGUUUACACUGAGGCAGGGACAGUGGGGGAGGGUGGGGAUGCAGAGGAUGGGUAUGAGGGGGGAGGGGAGGAACUCUCCAUUGCUGGCGGCUUCCCCCCUCACUUCCCUCGCUCUGCUGCUGGUGCUUCUGGUGCUGCUGCUGCUGCUGCAGCUGCUGGUUCUGCUGCGUUUCAUCAGCCGGGAGGGUUUUAUGGAGGGCAAAGGAUGGCCUCUGCUGGUGGUGCUGCUGGUGCUGCUGGUGGUACAGCUGGUGCAGUUGGCGUUGGUGGGUUUGCUGGUGCGUAUGGAACCACAUCAGCGGCAGCAGCAGCCAUAGCUAGGCCUGGUACUGCCGCUGCUACUGCUCCUCCUCCUCCUCCUCCUGCUGCUCCUGCCGCCGCGACUGCUCGUGGAGCCGUGACUCCUAUGACGGGCAGCAGCAGCUGCAGUACGCCCUCGUGUGCGUCUGUGUGCUCCUCCCCGGCCCUGCUGCCGUUCAAACUCACCGACCACCGCGGCCACGUGCACCGCUUCAUGUGUGCAUGUGAGUCGCUAUCGGAUCUGAUGUCUGUGGUGGCAGCACGCCUAGCAUGGGACUACGAUCCUACCAACCCGCCCACCGUCCUCUACAUGGACGAGGAUGGCGAUCGGGUGGUGCUGGAGUCAGAUGAUGACCUGCGUGUUGCCCUCGCUGCUGCUGCUGCUGCUGGUGGUGGUCACCGCUCCCAGGUACAGCAGAUUCUCUUCUCUACUUUGAUCUUCUCGCGUGCUCUGUAUCUCACCCUCUCCCGCUUGCUCGUCCAUCUUGCCUUUCUCAGCCGCUCAUCGUUUUCCCUUUCUCUCAUUGUGUUUCCCUCUCUUCUCCCCAUGUCCUGCUAA